UACUGGCAAGCGGCGCUCGGUAGCGGGAGCCGGCUGUGUGUAGGGGUCUCCGCCGCUGUCCGGGCUCCGCGGGAGGGUGUGUGAAGUUCUGUGUCCUGGGUCGGUGCGGAUCCGCCUCAGUCAGUGACCACUGAGUCAGCGCUUCUGGUGCGGCUGCAGAUGGUCCGGUCGGAGCUGCCACUUGUAGGAGCAAAGCAACUAUGAUGAGAUUGGACAUUGGAAAUCUUAAUGCUUUGGAAAUGGAGCUGUGGUUGUGCUGUGUUUUGUUCCUGAAGUGCUCUGAGCAGAGGAGAUGAUGAAUUAUUGAAAUGCAGUUGCUGAGGGGAAUGAUGGGGUUCAGAAUCAAAGGUAGCUCAACAUGAACUUUAACCAUCGAGAUAAUUUACCAAGUGAACAGAAUAUCUUUUCUCCUGAGAGCUGGCUGCAGGAUUCUGGGUUUCUCCUGCAGAGCAGUCCUAUUCCCUGCCUUUUCCUGAAACAGGACAUGGAGCUGCAUUCCUUUCUUCAUGUUAGGUGCUAAGCUGUUGUUAACUCUGUUGGCAAUGUCUAUGAUUUUAUCUGCCUCUGUGGUCCGUGUGAGGGAUGGACUCCCACUUUCUGCAUCUACUGAUUAUGAACAGAGCACGGGAAUGCAAGAAUGUAGAAAAUAUUUUAAAAUGCUCUCAAAAAAACUUUCUCAGCUUCCUGAUAGAUGUACUCUGAAAACUGGGCAAUAUAAUAUAAACUUUAUAAGUUCUCUGGGAGUAAGCUAUAUGAUGUUGUGCACUGAAAAUUAUCCCAAUGUCCUGGCUUUCUGUUUCCUGGAUGAGCUUCAGAAGGAGUUCAUCACUACCUACAAUAUGAUGAAGACGAAUACUGCUAUCAGACCAUACUGUUUUAUAGAGUUUGAUAAUUUCAUUCAGAGGACCAAACAGAGAUACAACAACACACGUUCUUUGUCAACAAAGAUGAAUCUUGCUGAUAUGCAGACUGAAAUCAAACUGAGGCCACCCUAUCAAAUUUCAGUGUCAGAGCUUGGUUCAGCCAAUGGCUUUUCUCAUGUACCUGUGGGGGAGUAUAAGGGUACUGGUAAGAUAUCUGCAGCUCCUCACCAACGUCUGGAACCUGUGACUCUGCCAGGGAUUGUCUCAUUUGUGCUUAGUCUGUUAUGUGGGGCUUUGAAUUUAAUCCGUGGCUUCCAUGCCAUAGAAAGCCUUCUCCAGAGUGAAGGUGAAGAUUUCAGCUAUGUUAUUGCAUUUUUUCUUGGAACCGCAGCCUGUUUGUACCAGUGUUACCUGUUUGUGUACUACACAGGCUGGAGGAAUGCCAAGUCCUUCCUGACGUUUGGCUUGAUCUGCCUGUGUAACAUGUACCUGUACGAACUGCGCAACCUGUGGCAGCUCUUCUUCCACGUCACGGUGGGCGCGCUGUGCACCCUGCAGAUCCGCCUGCGGCAGCCCCAGGGCAAGGCCCCCGACUACAACGUCUGACACCGAGUCUGCUUCCACUCCUUACUCUCAGGAAUGUAAAGCUGUUCUCCAAAAGAAGCUGUCUGAAUGGGGCUUUUAUUUUUUUCUUUUGUUUUUAAUAAGUCAGUGUAAGAUGCCUGUGGACAUUCUACACUUGGUGGUUGAGCCUUUUUUAAUGAUUUUUUUAUUUUCUUGAAAAGGACACAAAAGAAUAUGGGACUAGAGGAGGAAAGUAAAGUAUGUCCAUGCAGUGAAAUGUAUGUAGAAUAUGAACUGGUGGCAUCUUCAUUCAUACAUUCAUGGAGAUAAUCUGAUGUGGAAUUAUCUGAUGGUAUUUGAUGAUCACAUUAUCUGAUGGUAGUGUGGAAGCACAUUUGUACAUUAAUGGAGGAAUGUGUAGAGUAUGUUCUGCAUAUUGUGCAAGCUUUUCACUUCCAAGGUCAGUUUUGCCUUUGUGAGGCAGUAGGGAAUAGGCUAAAUAAAUAAUAAUAAUAGUAAUUCUAUUGCAUAUUAGCAAACUAGAUGUGGCAUAUGUAAGAUACUAAAUUUUGGAAUGUUUUAUUUCACAUUGACAUGUAUGUGAAUGUUUUCUUAAUUAAAAUGUAACCUGGAAACUCAGUUUCUAGGGAUUGGCUUCACCCGUGGUGCUUUGUCUUGUGCUGUAAGUUCUUUAAUGUGUUUUCAUUUAUGAUUUUCUUUUAAUUAUUCUUUGAAAUUGAUUUAUGUAGAUAGGGUUCAUUUUUUGUAAUUAUUCAAAAAGUUCUGCCACUAACCAGGAUUCUUGCACUCUUCAUGUGUUUGGACUCUGGAAGGGUUGAAAGAGAACAGAUUGGUGAGUAAAUGAAGUGACUUGUA